ACACCGAUUUAUUUCUCUGGGUCUAGUUCGCAGAGGAGGACGAAUCUGACUUGCUCAGUACAUGAGAAGACGGGUCCCUUGGUCCCUUGCUUUCCAGCAGGAGUAUUUUCCGACUCGUUUCAGCUCUUCUUAGCUUUUGUUCGGGGCGGGGGAGCUGCAGCAGAUCCUCGAGCAAGGUGCGGGCGGACCGUCCGGACCGGAGGAGCAAUGCUGUCAGGGAGCAGAUGGCAACUAUCAGGGCUAGGGCAGCCCCUCGCUCCUCUCUAGAACCACCGGAGGAGCCUGGCUUCCCUGGGACAUGCCAUUUCAGAAAGAAAAGUAACUUAACGCCGGCUGCGGGCGGGGUCGGGGUGAUGUAACAGGAAGCUCUGAUGUUUCGGCUGCCGCCGCAGCUCCUCGCUUACACUCUGACACGCUCCCGGCGCUGCCCGCAGCAGCGGGCUCGGCAUCUCCUCUGCCCCUCCAGCCAGCGGGCUCGGCGACUGGAUUAUACUCAGCCCGAAGAUCGGGAUCGCCUCGGACUCUUCAUUUGGCCGGCGAGGCAAGGAACUAAACAUCUUUCAAAUUGAGAAGGGAAAUCAAACUGAUUGUCUCAAACCAUUCUCGAAAAAAAAAAAACCUCAGUGCGUUUGGGUUCCUUGAACUACAGUAAGAAAAUUCACUGCACCAGAUAUAAAAAUGACAGAAAACUGCAUCACAUUUUUGCUGUUCUUCUUAUCAGUUACUAUGCUUUUUGCCACUGCUAUACCAUCUGAAGGGCAUCAGAAUAUGACAGAGGACUUCACUCAACUGAGUGUCACACGGAAUAAAAUUAUGACAGCACAGUAUGAAUGCUACCAGAAAAUUAUGCAAGAUCCUGUUCAUAAGAAAGAAGGUCCCUACUGUAACAGGACAUGGGAUGGCUGGUUGUGCUGGAGUGAUGUUGCUGCUGGGACUGUGUCAGUACAGCGUUGUCCUGACUACUUUCAGGAUUUCAACCCAUCAGAAAAAGUUACGAAGAUCUGUGAUCCAAGCGGGAAUUGGUUCAGGCACCCAGAAAGCAACAGGACCUGGACAAACUAUACCCAGUGUAAUAUCUAUACACACGAAAAAGUCAAGACUGCUCUGAAUUUGUAUUACUUGGCCAUCAUUGGACAUGGUCUUUCAAUUGUAUCUCUACUGAUUUCUCUUGGCAUAUUCUUUUAUUUUAAGAGCUUGAGUUGCCAAAGGAUUACGCUGCACAAAAAUCUAUUUUUCUCUUUUGUUUGCAACUCUGUUGUAACAAUAAUUUCGCUGACUGCAGUUGCCAACAAUCAGGAGUUGGUUGCAACCAAUCCAGUUAGUUGCAAAGUGUCCCAGUUCAUCUACCUGUACCUAAUGGGCUGCAACUACUUUUGGAUGUUGUGUGAAGGCAUUUACCUGCAUACGCUCAUUGUGGUGGCUGUUUUUGCUGAGAAACAACACUUGAUGUGGUAUUACCUUCUUGGCUGGGGUUUUCCACUGAUCCCUGCCUGCAUACAUGCUGUUGCUAGAAGUUUGUAUUACAAUGACAAUUGUUGGAUCAGCUCUGAUACUCAUCUGCUGUACAUCAUCCACGGCCCUAUUUGUGCUGCUCUAUUGGUGAAUCUUUUCUUCCUGCUAAAUAUUGUUCGUGUUCUCAUAACCAAGCUGAAAGACACCCACAAGGCAGAAUCCAACCUGUACAUGAAAGCAGUGAGAGCCACCCUGAUUCUUGUGCCACUGCUGGGCAUUGAAUUUGUCCUCUUCCCGUGGCGACCCGAAGGCCGGAUCGCAGAGGAGGUGUACGACUAUGUGAUGCACAUCCUUAUGCACUACCAGGGUCUACUGGUGGCUACAAUUUUCUGCUUCUUCAACGGAGAGGUCCAGGCUGUUUUAAGAAGACACUGGAAUCAGUACAAAAUCCAGUUUGAGCACAGCUUCAGCCACUCCGAUGCUACACGCACGGCGUCCUACACCGUCUCCUCCAUCAGCGAUGUGCAAGGCUACAGCUACAGCCACGACUGCACCAGUGAACAUUUAAAUGGGAAGGGCUACCAUGACAUGGAGACUGUUGUUUUAAAGACUGAAAAGCUGUACGGCUGACUGCCAAAGGCUCAGCUGCUGCUGUGCUGACCCUUGGAGCUCCUGAACUCCAAGUCUGAUUUAAUGACUUCAUGGCCAGAAGAUUUUACCUAACUUGGGAUGUGUCUUUCUCCUGAACGAUGCCAACUAGAUCAACACAUUUUUCAUAUGUAUGUAUAUAUAUAUAUAUAUAUAUGCAUAUAUACAUAUGUUUGUGUUUCUGUGUAUCUAUAUAGUAUGGACAGCUGUACAUAUAUAUCUAUAUAUGUAUGGGCAUUUAUAUAAGGAUACAAACUUUGCCUCUUCAGUUUCUACUGUGUAGACAAAGUUGGCAAUUUUUUGUACAAAGGGAAUCAAUGAAGGAUUUCUUAUUCUCUUGGAAGCUUGUAUAAGCCUGUGUUCUGUUGAAGCCACUUCAUUUGUCUAUUGAACCUUAGAGUGUAAAUACCAUACUGUAUUGUCUUAAUUCAACCUAAAACACAACCAAGGAAAGUGGUUAGAAUAGGUGCAAUAAUAACAAUAGAUUGUCCAGGUUAAUUUUGUGUCCAGCAUUUGACUGUCACAAAAAACCCAAGGGCAGUCUGAGAUAGCAGACUCAAAGGUAUUGAUGGUUCAGGUUUGGUGAGGCCAGUUGGUUUUUUUCUGCUAUUUUAAAUCAAGCCAUGCACGACUGAGACUCUGCUGCCUUCUGUACUCAAGGUAAUAUUUUACAGCAAGCUUUGAGCAGUUUUAUUUGAACUAUUUUUACAUAUACAGGAGCGUCUCCCUCUCAAGUUUGUGGAAGUGUCUUAGUGGCUUUAACACUGACAAGAUCAUUGAGGCCUUUUUUCCAGAAAGAAAAGUAGCAUUCCUCAUGAACAGUAAUGACAAUUUCUUCCAGACACUACAUACAUACCUGAAGGUGAUGGAACUUCACUGUCUGCUUAAGGAAUUUGUUCAACUGGGAAAACAUCAUGUGCAUAAUUUGCUGUAGUCCUGUUGUUUUGUUUUAUUUCUAAGUAUUUCCCUAGCAUGAAAAUUAAUUCCUUCAUUUCUGGGGUAAAGUUUUGAUUAAUUUUGUGUCUCUUUUUUCUGAGAAAAGCAUGGAAUACUGAACAUAGUGCAACUGAUAUCCUACCUUUAAGGGCAGUGUAUGAGAUUCAGAUUUAUCAAAUUAAUGUUAGUAAUUGGUUUUAUUUGGAAAAGCCAAUAUAAAAUUUGACUUAUGAAGGUUUAAAACAUUAUGGAUUAAUUAUUAUUUUAAUAUUAUUUUGGAGAGCUUGAUUCUGAAUCUCUCGGUUAUUUAGCCUAGAAUAGUAUUUUGUAAGUUGUUUCUUUGGUUCUGCUGGUGAAUAAAGAUCUCAGUGAAAAUUAGGAGGUUGUCAGGAAGGCCUUGAGUAAAUGUAUCUUUAUAGAAAUCUGUGUUUUUGUAAAUCCUUAUGCUUUAAAGAAUGUUUUCUUAAGUGAAAUGGCAAAAACACUUAAGAAUGAGGGAGUGAUAUGAAGUGAAUCUAGAGAAGUCUUACUAGAAAUCACAAAAGUAGAAAAAGAUUUUAGUGAUUUAAUUUGCAAGUAAGUCCACUCCAAGUGGGGGAUACAAAAACAACAAGGUAGGAGAAAAGUAGAUGCUAGAGUUCAUAAGCUAUAUGCUAACUAAUGUGUAGCUCAUGCAUAUAAGCCAGCCGAAAAAAUGACAGACAGUUCUUUCUGAGACCACUUAAGUUUUAAAUAUUUAAUUUUAUAUAUGAACAACUUGUUUUAAAAUUGAAACAUUUUUGUCAGUAUCCUUUCUGCAAGCUUCUUUAGCACCUAGGUGAUUUGCUGUCACAGUGACAGGUUUGGUUUGUGACUUCAUAAGGCUCAAACUGCUUUGUAUUUAGAAGGAAGACGUUACAAGAAUGCUGUAAGUUUGUGCCAUUUGCACCUUUCAGUAGGUUUUAUUUUACAAGUCUUAUGUCUGGAGUUUGAAUUUAUGAAGUCUUUUAUUACUGACUUAGUUUCAUAAUAUGGAAUCUCAGCUAGGAUGCACAAAUUGAGAUUUCUGUUUUUCUGCAAGGCUGCCUGGUUGAUUGAUGGGAAGGAUUGGAUUAUCAGUUGGAUUCUGCACUUUAGAAUAGUGUGAGAUCUGGCAGUCAGAUGCCACAGUCUCCUGUCUUGUAAUGGUAUCUGCUACACAAUUAGAGGUUACUACUUACUUACAACUCAAUUUGCAGAUCUGUGUAGUCUUACUUGGAAAAUAUUAGUGGUGCAGAAAAUCCCUGCUCUGGUAUAGAGCAGCUGUACAUCUGGGGGACCAGAUCAUCGUCUGGUACAGCUCUGUCCCAAGUUCCAUUUUCAGAAUCAAGGGCUAUCAGCUGAGAAUCAAAGCCAAGGCAUACGUCUGUCCAGUUGAAAGUGCAUUGAAGUCCUUCGUGGCAUAUUAUCAGACAACUCUUUCAAUGGUACCUGGUGGGUUGCUGUAAUUAAAACAAAUGUGAUGGCUUAGCGUGUGAUGCAGUGUUACAUUUUGAAUUAAGCUUCCUUCUCAGCUACAGUUCAGAUUUAAUAGCCUAAAAAAUUUAUCAUUUAAUGCAAAAUACUAGCUGCUAGUUGAUCCCUGUCCUCUGAUAGGGAAACAUGCAACAGUAAUUUAGGAGGGAAAAUUGUGGGUUUUUUUCCACAGAAAUCAUAUUGCUUCUAGGUGGACAUUGAUGCAUGCUUCUAGACAUAUGUUUGUCUUCAUUUCUGGUUGAAUGGCAAGAAAAUAUUUGUGACUGUGGAGGUUUCCAUGGCACAGGAGAGCUACUUUUCCCCCCUCCUGGUGAGGUUAACAAAGAUGUAUCCUUUUUUGCAUUGGAAAAUAUCAAUUUCUUGUUUUUUCUUCCUACCUCACUUUUUUCAGUUCGUACGCAACCAAGAGAAGGGUCUGCUUCUAAAAAUGCUUUUCUGUUACUAUACCUUAAAAUCAAAUCCUUAUUCUGAUUUCUCAGUUCCUACUUUACAGAAUGUUGUAGGCUUUAUCUGAAUUUUCUGGGAUGGAAGCAACCUCCAUACUGGUGAGGCUGUGAGAUUCCUUUGAACAUGCAAACAGUUCUCUCUUAUUAUUAGGUUGGGUUGGGUUUUUUUUUUUUGGUUUUUUUUUUUGAUUAGUUGUUGGUUUUUUGGUUUUGUUUUUUUUUUUAUUUAGUGAAGAGUUAUUAUAUCAAUCUACACAGGCUACAGGAAUACUUGUCUUAUAUUUGGUAUCUGUAAUACCAGCAUGUUAGUCAGCAGUCUGGGAGAGGGAAUGUCUGUUUUUAAUGCUACUGUCUUCAAUCAAUAAAAUGCUCCAUUGCAGGGUCCCCUCAGUUGUUUUGUUGUUGUUGUUUGGUUUUCAUUGUGAUUAUCUACUAGAAUAUUUGUCUGUAGAAAUGCUGCAACCUGCACUCCUUUUCAUGCUAUGAAACAUUUGGGCUGGAAACCAGGCAACAUUCAAGUAUUGUACUAUGUAAAUAAGAUUAAUAGAAGCUAUGGCAUUGUAUUUAUUGCUUACUUUAAGGAUAAAAUGGAAAAAAUGUGAAGUUAUUUUUCAGUUGUGCUUUAUUUUCACUUUGCUCCUGUGAAUCAUCAUCAUGCAUUUUAGUUGCUGAAAGUAUUAUGUUUGUGGUCAAUAAAAUAUUGCUACAUUGCUAUUUGUGUAUCUUGUGCUGCAGUAUGGAAAUAUAAAAGCUAAUUUGGACUUGGUUUUCACAGAUGUUUUAAUAGUGACUAAAUAUUAACCCAAGGAGAAGUCAUUCCACAGAGUUACAAACAAUGCAGUUAUUGUUUAUCUAUUUAAUACUUACAUUUUGACUGCAUAAAGUAGUGUUGCAUUUCUGGAGGAAGCUUGCAUAGAUGACAG